AUUUCUUUUUAAAAAAUAAGCGUUGGAAGUGGCGCCAUUACACAGAAAUUUCGAAAAGAGCACAACGGUUCUCGUUGUAGUCAAGCCAUACACCCGUAUUUCACAGGUCAUACCUUGCAAGGUUACAUCUUGCCACUUGAUUCCUUUUUUUUAUUACAUCUUUAGACAAACAGCGCGCCUCGGUCUUCUAAUCAGGUCAUUCGGCUGGCUGCUUUUAGUAGGGUAAUAACGCUGACCUCGUAAAGUAAUUUACAUGCAUACAUUCCUUUCAAACGAGGAAACAAGUGUACUGAAUGACUCCGUCGACUUCCUUGUAUAGCUCAUGUUAAUUUGACUUCGUACCUUCUCAGCCUCGAACUGUCCCAUUUUUGUCUCUGGCUGGAUGGAUGUUUUGCCGCUCUAGCGGAUGGACAACGGUAUAUAUAAAGCAUCAAAGUACGCUUUUUUGCAAGUUAACUUUCCCGCAAUGUCAGCGCUCAACAUUCAAAACUACCUUCAAGCUUAUGCAACCUGGUUUGCUAUGAACCCCAUCUUUAUCAACCAUGGAUUCCAACUGUUGAGAAGGCAUCUAAAUCUGGAUACAUCCAACAAUGUCCAUCUUCACUUUCUGUCAGACGCUAGUCAUCAAAUUGACAUGAGGAACUGCGUAGACCUGGUUUACAUCAAGAUUUGGUGCAAUGAUCUGGUCCCUACUGCAAACCCAUUGACUAUGGAUCUUCCGGAAGGCGCAAGGGUGUACAUUGGACAAACCGCCAAUCCACGGGCCAGGGAACAUGCUUUGCAACCUUAUAUCUCGGCUUUUGGAGUUCCUACACUUCAUUUGUGUGUUGCCCAUAAUUUGUCCCAGUACCAUCGUGAUGCCCUGGAAUGUGCCAUAAUAGCUUGGUUCACAUUGUUUCUUGGACUGGCUGUCUUGAAUAAGUCUCCUUAUGGAAACUACAUCUACCGAGAAGUAAAUCCAAAUGCUACUGUUGAUGAGAUAUUGCCAAGUGACUAUCGUGCGGUUCAUUCCUUCAGCAACUGGAGGCUCACGAUUGUCGUUGGUACAGCUCCUCCCGCCGGCGUAGCGUUGGCGGCAGCAUAUCGAGACAGAAUGGAGCGACAUCCGCUCAUGAAUUGGGACGCGUUUCCUAAUACCGGGUUGGGGAUGUUACGAUUCAAUCUAGUUCAAUAUGCUCUUCCUCCUUUCAUCAAUCACUAUCCUGAUGAUGUAAGUCGAGGCAUUGACGACUGGUAUCCGCAUUUUGAUCAAGAAAAAGUCAAUAACGCUGAUCGAAACUUAAAGCAAUCUAUGAGGGAACACUCCAGACCAAUUGCUCUCAUGCUCGGUGCUAGACCGACACGACUUGUUGACGGUAGCCUCCGUAACAACUUCAUGAGUGACCGAUGCGGACGGCUGAAUUUCUCGCGCCUGAAUUCUGGUCGCUUCAUUGCCAUGCUGUGGAUGCCCGAUCCUAGCCACUACAGACACUUCAGGCUCCAAGACAAGAUGUUCGGCGUUGAGCUGUACACAUUAGCUAGCAAAGCGAUUUACACCCUUGAAGAGAAAUUCUUAUCGGGACGUGAUGGACGGGCUGAUGAGCAGGAUGACUUUGGUUUUACCAGCCUUGAAGUUGAAAUGCUACAGUUUUGGUGGGAUUCUCAUCCACUUUGUGCCAAGAUAAGGCAGCUAUGUCUCAAAGUGGCAUUAAUCCCUACAUCUUACAAAACAGCAUGGACCGGCACCUUACCUGUAGUGAAUACUGGCUUGUUUGAUUCGGUUCCCACGAAUUUAUGGUCAACUUUGCCAACAACCUACGUCGAUAUCGACAUGUUAACCAUUCCGGGAGACACAUCCUUAUAUGUAGAUAAAACUGAGGAAGGCUUGACACUGCCCACAGAUACGCUUGUUUUGUCUGGGAGACAGGAUCAAAGUGACGAGCCAGCUACAGUGUCUAUCGAAGGUACCAUACGGCAUGAUACAAGAAUCAUCCGUAUGGCUACCCGAGAUAAUCCCAAUUUUUCGGUUUUGUCUACUGCUGAGCAAGUCCAAGUUGUUCGACGAGCCAUCGGUCAGUAUGCGCGAAUUUUGAACGUUGGUUUCAAGGAUAAACGCAUUGCCGAAGGACACUUUCAUCCUCUGCCUGAUGAACCUGAAGAUGUUCAAGUCGCUAGGUCCAGGCGCGAAUACUACGACCAGCAAAGCCACACCAUCAGGGGAAAUCAAUUUUUGUCAACUUGUUCCUUAUGUAACUUCCACUUGCCGGCAAGAACAUAUACAAGAAACAGGAGUAUCUUAUUUUCCUCUGGAUGCCUCUGCGGUCGGACACGUUUCAUAGAGGGCUGUCAUUUUGUCCAAGGGCAGAUUCCACUGAAAACGUUUCCGGAUAACAAUGUCUUCAUCCACCACAUAAUGCAUCUGCCGGUACCACUUGUUAUAAAUCACAAACAGCUUGUGGUCUCGGUGAUCGACUUUCUAGAAACUGAAGGAACAACUUACUUUCAGUCUCAAGCUCAGCCGAUCAUCGAGAUAUAUGGCGCUGUCUUUGCAAAUUACAAAGCGUAUCGAAACCAGGAAAAAGAACACAAAACUCUGUCGACGGCUUUUUCACGCAUGGUGAACCAAUUGUACAGAGAUUUGAGAACUAUAACUGGAUUCGAAACAAUUGGCCCUAGAUCCACCUCUCGUGCUCCUAAACCGAUCGAGAGAGCUGCUUACGGAACUGGCACGCCAAACAAGUUCACUCUUUAUUCAUUUGGUGCGUUGACAGAGGGUUCGCUGGAAGAAGUUGCAACCACGGAAAUGGAGACAUUGGAAGACAUGGAUUUUUGCCAGUAUGGAAGUCGCCUGACGGAGCUAGCGCAGCAAAAGAGAGCUGAAAGAGACGCAGCUGCUGGUGGAUCUGGACAAGCUGAAGGAUCUGGAAGAGCAGGUCCGUCUGGAUCAUAACUAUCACUUGUUUCAAAAUAAAAUACAAUGUAUUAUUUGCC